AUGUCGAGAGACGUGGGGUUGAUUACAUUGAAGAAAAAUUACAGAGUGCACGUUUCGAAAGACAUGUGUAUAGUGAAGAGUUGGUACGUACUCAGACCUUUCGUCGUCGAGCACAUCGCUGGAUCAGGAUACGUGGCCAUUCCCUACUUCCUCGAUACGAAAGCCUAUCAGAUUGGCCAUAUCUUCGUGCAAGAAUCUUCUAAUGUGCAAUGCUUCUGUGCCGCCCCGCAGUUGAAAGUGCUUGGUCCUAUUCGCGACUUUCUUGUACACGAGAAAAGUAACGCUAAAUGGUUGGAUAAGAAUCUUCCAGUAAUUAAAACUACCGACGAUAACAGAGAUUUUCGAGUAAACCUGUACCAUGGUAAACACAAAAUGGAUUUCAAAGCUAUCGACUGCUAUUUCUUGGACAAAGCACCGGACUUGUUGAUCGAGGGAGAGAUGACCAUAGAUCGCUCGACUCACGAAGACCUCGCAACGGCGGAUUGGUUCGGUCUGAUUACCGGAGUGCUCGUUACCAACGAGUCCGCCAUUCGCUUGAGGAGAAAUUACCGCGAAAGAACGUUUUACAUCGGCGAAAGGCCGCACACUAUACUUUUUAAGUACGAGAUUUGCAAGAUGGACAAGAACGGAAGCGUAUUCGAAACCUCGACCGCGGAAAUGGACUGGAAGUGGCUGCCGGUGGAAGAAAGGGACAUGAACGCGUUACCUGUCACCGAAUUCGUAAGCCAAUCGACGAGAGUUAAGUCCUGA